ACCAUUAUUAUCAAAACCCAAAGGCUGCUUCCAAAUGGUUGUGUUCCUCAAAGAAAGUCCCAACAAACCAAAACAAAGAAAGUCACAAAUCCAAACUCUCCGAGAUUCGAUUCUUCUUCUCGACACAAUCCCAAUUCCCAACCGAUACGUUUUCUGUUAUGGCCAAUUUGGUGAUUGACAUCUAGCUUUGCUUCGAUUCUUUGGCUUGGAAUCAUGCCCAGAUUGGGUCUUGGGUUAUUACUGUUAGCCAUGGCGCCGAUCGUUGUCGGAUUGGCGUUACAGAGCUUCGCCGGCUGCGACGCCAGAGCAGCCUCGUCGUUGACGCUUGUUAUUCUCGUUUUGGCGAUGACGAUGAGGUUUUGUGGCGUUUUCAGUGGCUUUCUGCACUUUAUCCAUCCGAGGAAGAGAGCUUGCGACGGUGCGAUUGGGGAAGAAGGCAGUACUAGUGAUGAUAAUAACGUUAAGAGGCGCCGCGUCGGUGCCGGAGAAUCGAACGGCGACAAUGGCGUCAGCGAUGGAAAUGGCCGUAUCGGAGGUAGGGAGGAACGAGAAGAACGCGCGGUUUCCCUGGCGUCGCGUGAUGCGAACUCCGAGGAUAUCGAUGAGGAUCUUCACAGCCGGCAAUUGGCGGUCUACGGCCGUGACACGAUGCGGAGGCUGUUCGCGUCGAACGUCCUCGUCUCGGGGAUGCAGGGUUUGGGCGCUGAGAUUGCGAAGAAUCUGAUUCUUGCUGGUGUCAAGUCCGUGACUUUGCACGACGAAGGGGAAGUGGAGCUGUGGGAUUUGUCGGCCAAUUUUGUGUUUUCGGGGAGCGAUGUAGGCAAGAACAGAGCGCUUGCUUCUGUCCAAAAGCUGCAAGAGCUCAACAAUGCUGUAAUUGUGAAAACUUUGACUAAGUUGACGAAAGAACAACUUUCUGGUUUCCAGGCUGUUGUAUUCACUGAUAUAUGUCUUGAAAAAGCUGUUGAGUUCAAUGAUUACUGCCAUAAUCAUCAGCCUCCUAUUGCAUUCAUUAAGUCUGAAGUUAGAGGUCUUUUUGGUAAUGUCUUUUGUGACUUUGGACCCGAGUUUACUGUUGUUGAUGUUGAUGGAGAGGAACCACACACGGGUAUUAUUGCAUCAAUCAGUAAUGAUAAUCCGGCUCCAGUGUCCUGUGUCGAUGAUGAAAGGCUUGAAUUCCAGGAUGGGGAUCUUGUUGUGUUCUCAGAAGUUCAGGGGAUGACAGAACUGAAUGAUGGAAAGCCAAGAAAGAUAAAAAAUGCUAGGCCUUAUUCAUUCACUCUUGAGGAGGAUAUUACCAAUUUUGGUGUGUACAUUAAAGGCGGUAUUGUUACACAGGUGAAACAGCCCAAAGUGUUGAAAUUUAAGCCAUUGAGAGUAGCACUUAAUGAUCCUGGUGAUUUUCUUCUGAGUGAUUUCUCGAAGUUUGAUCGUCCAUCCCUCAUCCACUUGGCAUUCCAAGCUUUGGAUAAGUUUACAUCAGAGUUGGGUCGUUUCCCUGUUGCGGGCUUGGAAGAGGAUGCUCAGAAGCUCAUAUCUAUUGCCAGUGACAUCAAUGAAAGUUUGGGAGAUCGGAGGCUUGAUGAUAUUAAUACAAUACUUCUGCGACACUUUGCCUUUGGUGCCAAGGCUGUACUGAACCCAAUGGCCACAAUGUUUGGUGGCAUUGUUGGACAGGAGAUACUGAAAGCUUGCUCUGGAAAGUUUCAUCCAAUCUUCCAGUUUUUCUACUUUGAUUCAGUUGAAUCACUUCCAUCGAAGCCAUUACAUUCUAGUGAUUUUAGACCGUUAAAUAGCCGAUAUGAUGCACAGAUGUCAGUUUUUGGGUCCACACUCCAGAAGAAACUGGAGGAUGCUAAGGUGUUUAUAGUUGGAUCUGGUGCACUGGGCUGCGAGUUCUUAAAAAAUGUUGCCUUGAUGGGGGUUUCAUGUGGCCACCAAGGGAAGCUAAUAGUCACAGAUGAUGAUGUAAUUGAGAAGAGUAACCUCAGCAGGCAAUUCCUAUUCCGUGAUUGGAAUAUUGGGCACGCCAAGUCCACUGUUGCUGCUUCUGCUGCUGCAUCAAUAAAUCCUCGUCUCAAUGUUGAAGCAUUGCAGAAUCGUGUUGGCCCUGAAACUGAGAAUGCAUUUGAUGAUUCCUUCUGGGAGAAUUUAACUGUGGUGAUCAAUGCACUAGACAAUGUCAAUGCUCGGCUUUAUGUUGAUCAGAGGUGCUUAUAUUUCCAGAAGCCGCUUCUUGAGUCGGGAACUCUUGGCACCAAAUGCAACACUCAGAUGGUUAUUCCUCAUUUAACGGAAAACUAUGGUGCCUCAAGGGACCCACCUGAAAAGCAAGCGCCCAUGUGCACUGUGCAUUCCUUUCCACACAAUAUUGACCACUGCUUGACUUGGGCCAGGUCUGAAUUUGAGGGUUUGCUUGAGAAGACGCCCACUGAGGUGAAUGCGUACUUAUCCAACCCAAGUGAAUAUGCUGCCGCAAUGAGAAAUGCUGCUGAUGCACAUGCCAAGGAUACCUUGGAACGCGUCCUUGAGUGCCUUGACAAAGAAAGAUGUGAGACUUUCGAAGAUUGUGUUGCCUGGGCUCGCCUAAAGUUCGAUGAUUAUUUCUGUAACCGUGUGAAGCAGCUAAUUUAUACUUUUCCUGAAGCUGCGUCAACUAGUACUGGAGCUCCAUUCUGGUCAGCGCCAAAGCGAUUCCCGCAUCCCCUGCAGUUAUCAUCGAUUGAUCCUGCUCACCUUCAUUUUGUUAUGGCAGCAUCAAUUCUAAGAGCUGAGACAUUUGGAAUUCCAAUUCCUGACUGGGUUAAAAACCCUAAGAAGUUAGCUGAAGCGGUAGAUAGAGUAACACUUCCUGAGUUUCAACCCACGGAAGGAGUCAAAAUUGAGACCGAUGAAAGAGCUACUAAUGUCAAUACUGCUGCAUCUGUUGACGAUGCACAGAUCAUUGAUGAUUUGAUUAUGAAGUUAGAGCAUCGUCGAACAAGCUUGGCACCGGGGUUCAAGAUGAAACCAAUUCAAUUUGAGAAGGAUGAUGAUGCCAACUACCAUAUGGACCUAAUAGCUGGUCUUGCCAACAUGAGAGCUAGGAAUUACAGCAUUCCCGAGGUUGACAAACUGAAGGCCAAGUUCAUUGCUGGAAGGAUCAUCCCUGCGAUUGCAACCUCCACCGCUAUGACCACAGGUCUCGUGUGCUUGGAGCUUUACAAGGUUCUGGACGGAGGUCACAAACUCAAGGACUACCGUAACACGUUCGCCAAUCUAGCACUACCUUUGUUCUCAAUGGCUGAGCCUGUUGCGCCGAAGGUCAUCAAGCACCGUGACAUGAAGUGGACGGUUUGGGAUAGGUGGAUCUUGAAAGACAAUCCUACCCGCAGGGAACUUCUAGAAUGGCUGAGAAACAAAGGGCUAAAUGCUUACAGCGUUUCUUGUGGAAGUAGCCUGCUUUACAAUAGUAUGUUCUCGCGACACGAGGAGCAGAUGGACAAGAAGGUGGUGGAUUUGGCUAGGGAAGUGGCCAAAGUGGAGUUGCCUCCUAACCGUCAGCAUUUGGAUGUUGUUGUGACGUGUGAGGACGACGAUGACAAUGAUAUUGACAUCCCACUAAUAUCAAUAUACUUCCGGUAGGUUGUUCUCUAAUCCGCCGAUUCUGUCAGGCUGUGAUUUUAGGAUAAGAAAAUGAUUUGUAUCAAGGCUACAUGUUAAAAAUAUUCUUCAUCACACGUGCAAUAUUAAUCACAAGUUAUAUUUAAUGUGUACAUAAUCCUUGGAAACCCUAAACUUGGAAAUUAUAUUUGCUUGUUUUUCA